AUGAGUGAUUUUCAUCCUGAUGAUAAAAGCAUAGUAAGAAGAACAUACCUUGAUAGAAAACCUUGCCAACCUAAAAAUUUUGUGUUUCCUCAAACACUUAUCGGGCCGAAAAAUCGUCGAUUUAAUGUGGAUUGGUUUGACACUUGGCCUUGGCUAGAAUAUAGUGUUGAAAAGGAUGCUGCAUUUUGUUUUGCUUGCUAUUUAUUCAAGGAGGACAAUUCGGUUGGAAGAGAUGCUUUUACUACCAAUGGUUUUAAGUAUUGGAAUAGAUUGGAUGUAAUAAAAAAGCAUGUUGGUAGUCAUAAGAGUGUUCAUAGUAAUGCUAUGAUUGCUAUGGAACUUUUCAAGAACCAAAAGAGUAGCAUUAUUACUGGUUUAUCAAAACAAACAAAAGAAACCAUGAGUGCUUAUCGAACGCGAUUAGAAGCUUCUGUUGAAACUAUCAGGUGGCUUUUACUCCAAGGGUUGCCUUUUCGGGGUCAUGAUGAAAAAGAAAGUUCAUUGAGUAGAGCUGAUGAGUCCGCCGAUAUUUCUGAUAAGGAACAAAUGGCUCUUUGCUUGAGAUAUGUUAAUAAAAAGGGAGAAGUAUGUGAGCGUCUUCUUGGUGUUGUGCAUGUUCCCAAUACCACUUCUUUAACUCUUAAAAGUGGUAUUGAGUCAUUACUCAUGGAGCACUCUUUGACUUUCUCACAAGUUCGAGGGCAAGGUUAUGAUGGGGCAACAAUAUGCAAGUUGACACAAGUUGCACUUGCUAAAAAGAAUUCAGAUUGUGGUUGGCUUUUUGUUGAUGUACUUGCACCUCUCUUGAAUUUUGUGGGUGGUUCACCUAAAAGAAAGAAUUUCUUCGAGAGAAACAAGCUCAACGAGUUGUGGAAGCACUAUCCUCAGUCACUCGAUAAAAUUGGUGAAGUUUCUGAUGCAAUUGAUUCAAAUAAAGCACAAGCUCUUACACACUUGUUGAUGUCAUUUGAUUUUGUGUUUGUGGCACACUUGAUGGUUUCUAUAUUUGGCAUCACAAAUGCAUUGAAUGUGGCUUUGCAAAAACGUGAUCAAGACAUUGUAAAUGCUAUGGCCAUGGUUGAUGUAACCAAGAUCAAUCUACAAAAGAUGAGAGAUGAAGGAUGGAUUCUCAUAUGGAAAAAGUCACUUCUUUUAUGUCUAAAUAUGACAUCGAGAUUCCAAACAUGGAGGAGAAAUAUCAUGUUCCGGGGAGAAGAAUGUUUAGAGGGUGUUGAUCAUUCCUUGGAUGUUGUGUCGCCAAAGGUCCCAAGAAGGUACUGUGCAAGACAUUUAUGCAAGAACUUUAAAUCUGAGUACCCUGGACUUGUCAUGCACAAGAUGUUUUGGACAGUGGUUAAGUCAUACUCAGCUUUCAGUUUCAAGAAGUCAUUAUUAAUGCUCCAAGGCACUGUUGGUCUAGGUGCAGUUAGGUGGUUCAAAAAUAUUGGUCCCUUAGAUAGAUGCACUAGGUGGAAAUAUGAUCCCACUUUGUGCCAUGAUGAAUGUACAAAUAACUUUGUUGAGAGCUUUAGCUCAACUACUGGAGCUAAGAGGUGCUACCCCAUACUCACUUUGCUGGAAGAUGGUCUUUUAAGUGGCAUCCUAUGCAAGCAUGGAGUCAGGGCCAUAUUGGAUGCUGGGAAGGAACCACCUGACUAUAUUAGUGAGUGA